GGCCCGCCCCUCGGGGUCGCGCGCCCCGGACCCGGCUCGCGCUCGGUCUCGCGCUGUCAGCUACUGCCCGGCUCGCGCCGCCUCGCGCUCUCCCUCAGUCACUGGCGCCGAAGGCUCCGUUAAGCAGCGGCGGCGGCGGUGGUUCCUGUUUCCGUUUCUUCCUUUCCCUUCAGUCGGGAGUAGCAUCCUCCACCCAGCCACCCCUCCCACUCCCCCAGCGCUGGGCAGCUGCGGCUAAGGGCUUUGGCGGCGGCGACUGGGGAACAGCGGAGACUGCCUCUCCUACCGUCUCGGUAUAACCUCUUCAUUGAAGCACUGGAAUAAAACUUGAGAGAUCACUUCUGAUACGGUCCCUGUAUUUGCUACCUUAGCUAUGUUUGGAGCAGUCAAGGAAAGGAAGAAUCAAGGUUGAGAGAGACAGGAUUGUGCUGGUUGAUGAGCCUGCCCCUUUUGGAGGUCCAAACAGUAGAACGAUCAACUUAAUACUUCUCAUGGAUGUAAAGCCUUCAUAGAAAGAGAGAGAGAAUGUUAUUUUUAACUUGUUCCUGCUUUUGCUAAGAGAGCACCCAUGACCCCGAUGGUAUUUUCACUCAAGAUAAAGUGUGCUAUUGCCUUUAUUGAUUAACUGAACAAAUUCAGUUGCUAAUUUCAAUGACCCAGAUUCAAGCAAUAAUCUCCUUCUUUGGAAAUAUCGUGGUUUCAGCAGCCUCUGAUAUUCUAGGGGAAGGAAGCAUGUAGAGUCCAUGAAGCACAGGACAAUAAAGAUUCCUACUCAUACCACCAGGAGGAUCUCUUUGAAAGAUUUACCACGGGACUACCAGAGACACUAAAUUGUCUGAAACAUCAUGUUUUGAAACAACAGAAGGCUACUACCUUUGCAUUAACAGGAAACAGAGAUAAGAUGUUUUCAAUUCUUUGAGCUUCAGGAAGUCAGGGGAGUGAGCUGAAAAUCUGAAAAUGCGGCCAUGGACUGGUUCCUGGCGUUGGAUUAUGCUCAUUCUUUUUGCCUGGGGGACCUUGCUGUUUUAUAUAGGUGGUCAUUUGGUUCGAGAUAAUGACCACCCUGAUCACUCUAGCCGAGAACUGUCCAAGAUCCUGGCAAAGCUUGAACGCUUAAAACAGCAAAAUGAAGACUUGAGGCGAAUGGCUGAAUCUCUCCGGAUACCAGAAGGCCCCGUUGAUCAGGGGCCGGCUUCUGGAAGAGUUCGUGCUUUAGAAGAGCAGCUUAUGAAAGCCAAAGAACAGAUUGAAAAUUAUAAGAAACAAACUAGAAAUGAUCUGGGGAAGGAUCAUGAACUCCUACGGAGGAGGAUUGAAAAUGGAGCUAAAGAGCUCUGGUUUUUUCUACAAAGUGAAUUGAAGAAAUUAAAGAAUUUAGAAGGAAAUGAACUCCAAAGACAUGCAGAUGAAUUUUUGUCAGAUUUAGGACAUCAUGAAAGGUCUAUAAUGACGGAUCUAUACUACCUCAGCCAAACAGAUGGAGCAGGUGAUUGGCGGGAAAAGGAGGCCAAAGAUCUGACAGAGCUGGUCCAGCGGAGAAUAACAUAUCUUCAGAAUCCCAAGGACUGCAGCAAAGCCAAGAAGCUAGUGUGUAAUAUCAACAAAGGCUGUGGCUAUGGCUGUCAACUCCAUCAUGUGGUCUACUGCUUCAUGAUUGCAUAUGGCACCCAGCGGACACUUAUCUUGGAAUCUCAGAAUUGGCGCUAUGCUACUGGUGGAUGGGAAACUGUGUUUAGACCUGUAAGUGAGACCUGCACAGACAGAACUGGUGUCUCCACUGGACACUGGUCAGGUGAAAUAAAAGACAAAAAUGUUCAGGUGGUCGAGCUCCCCAUUGUAGACAGUCUUCAUCCUCGUCCUCCAUAUUUACCCCUGGCUGUACCAGAAGACCUUGCAGAUCGACUUGUUCGAGUCCAUGGAGAUCCUGCAGUGUGGUGGGUGUCUCAGUUUGUCAAAUACUUGAUCCGCCCACAACCGUGGCUGGAAAAAGAAAUAGAAGAGGCCACCAAGAAGCUUGGCUUCAAACAUCCAGUUAUUGGAGUCCAUGUGAGACGCACAGACAAAGUGGGAACAGAAGCGGCCUUCCAUCCCAUUGAGGAAUACAUGGUGCACGUUGAGGAACAUUUUCAGCUUCUUGCUCGCAGAAUGCAAGUGGAUAAAAAAAGAGUAUAUUUGGCCACGGAUGACCCUUCUUUAUUAAAAGAGGCAAAAACAAAGUAUCCCAAUUAUGAAUUUAUUAGUGAUAAUUCUAUCUCUUGGUCAGCUGGACUACACAAUCGAUACACGGAAAAUUCACUUCGGGGUGUGAUUCUGGAUAUACACUUUCUCUCCCAGGCAGACUUCCUAGUGUGUACUUUUUCAUCCCAGGUCUGUCGAGUUGCUUAUGAAAUCAUGCAAACACUGCAUCCUGAUGCCUCUGCAAACUUCCAUUCUUUGGAUGACAUCUACUAUUUUGGGGGCCAGAAUGCCCACAACCAGAUCGCCAUUUAUCCUCACCAACCUCGAACUGCGGACGAAAUCCCUAUGGAACCUGGAGAUAUCAUUGGUGUGGCUGGAAAUCACUGGGAUGGCUAUUCUAAAGGUGUCAACAGAAAACUGGGAAGGACGGGCCUGUAUCCCUCCUAUAAAGUCCGAGAGAAGAUAGAAACGGUCAAGUACCCCACAUAUCCCGAGGCUGAGAAAUAAAGCUUAAGAUGGAAGAGAAGGACAACUAAACUCAGUUCAAACCAUUUGAGCCAAACAGUAGAUGAAGAAGGCCCUGACCAAACAACACAUGGUUAAAUGACUAGAUACCUUCAAAACCAGGAGCAACUGGGAACUGACAGAGGCUUCGUUGGUGGAAUUCAUCUUUAACAAGGGCCACAAUGCCCUCAAACUCAUGCACAGUUCAAUAAUGUACUCACAUAUAACAUGCAAACCGGUUUUCUACUUUGCCCCUUCUUUCAGAUUAUGUCCUCAUGAAAAAACACUGCCACAUUGUGUAAUUUAAGUGACACAGACAUUUUGUGUGAGACUUCAAACAUGGUGCCUAUAUCUGAGAGACCUCUGUGACCUAAGGAGAAAACCUGAAUAGCUCCCUACUGUGGGGAGGUUGAUUCUUAGCCAGUGGUGAUAUUGUAACUGCUGGAUUCACUCCGGUGAGCAGAUUCAGAAUGAGAAUGGAUGUUUUUGUCAGGAAUUUUUUUAUUUUAAGUAAUUGCAUCAGUUCAUCCAUUUCAUCAUUAAUAAGUGAAGGAUACAUCAAAAUGAAAUAUUUACACUCCAUCAGGAACUUUUGUAAAACGAUGACGUGAACAUAUUUCUUUAGUACUCAAUGUUCCCGGACAUUCUCUUUGAUAACAAAAAAUAAAUUUUAAAAAGAGGAAUUUUGUAAAGUUUCUAGAAUUUUACAUAUUGGAUGAUGUGGUGGUCAGCUUAAUAGUGGGAAAACUAUGGUAAAAGAGGAGUUUUAUAGCUUUUCUGCUUUAAUUUUUUUUUCUGUUUCUGUUUGAGUGACUAAUCAGGUCUUAGAUCAAAGAGUCAUUGCUCUAUUUUAACACUGAAAACUGUUUUAGUUGGUGCAUAGUACACAGUUGCUAAGAACACUCUUUGGGAGCUUUUAUUCUUAUUUCGGACAUUGUUUAUUUGUUUUAAUUGAAUUAAAUAAUCAUAUUUCCUUGCC